AUGGGUUUGGCCCAUAAGUUAGCGAUAGAUAAAUUUCUACAAAACUUGGAGUUUCAGAACCUUCAAGUUAUAGAAGAUGAUUUUCUUUACACUAAGUUGAAAGUUAUUAGUAAAGAUGUUUUUGAGUCACUAAAGGAAGUCUCUGAGCAAGAAAAUUUUAAAUAUACACUUCAGAAAUAUAAAACAAAGAUUAAACAAAUCGCAGAGAACUUAUACAAGGAUAUCAAAAGUUCUUUAGAUAUUCACUUUGAUUUAUUAAAUAAUUUAAAUAGUAAAUUUCAAGAAAUUAAUAUUGAAAUUGUCAAUGGUGAUUAUAGGUCAGAACAUGACCAGAUAUAUAGGCAAAACUUGCUAAACUAUUUGAAUAGUGGAUUUUUUGAUCAAAGCAUCCAAUUUCUUGAGAAAACCCAUAGAGAUGAUAAAACAAAACUUAUUGAUCAAAUAAGGAAUUUAUUUUAUAUAAGGUAUGAAAGUCAAAGUAGUAUUUUAAAGAGUGUAAUAUUGUUACAUAAACUUGCUACUGAAAUAGAGCUCACUAAAAUUGUUUACUUAUAUUCCAAAAACCGAACAAAAUCAGAUGAAUUUGAAACUAUGCUACAGAAGUUUGUGAAAAUGUUACACUUAUUGACUAGUUUUGAAUUCUUUUUAAAUGGAUGUUUCCAAUCUCCCCAUGAAAUUUCUAUUACUAAAAUUAUGAAUUUAAAUGGCGAUUCUGAAAUAUUAAAUUCUAAAGAUACUCGUUUUGUUAUUUAUCCAAAUUUGGAAUAUAUGCGAGAAUCAUGCAACAAUUAUUAUAUGUUUAAAGGUAAUAAGUAUGUCUCAAAUUCAAAUAAAGAACCUAUUGUAUUUGAAGAUAAUAAACAAGAAAAUUAUACAUCUUCCCAUAAACCUAUUGAAUAUCAAUCAUUUAAUCAAUCAGAUACUGUGAAGGGAAUCGAGAUAAACGAUGAAAGUGAUUUAUUAUUCAAUGAUGCAAAUAAAUUGUUGGUAGACUCUGAUUUUUUUACAAAACCAAAACAAAGUCCAGUUUUUGAUCAAACUUAUUAUGGACGUCAAAAAAUAGAAAUCGAUAUUAUUUCUCCUAUACUAAGUGCUGAACCGGGUAUAAAUACAAACAUUGAAGAAAAUUGUUAUGAUAACAAUUCUACCCAAAACUUUAACAUAAAUAACAUUGAACAAUCUCAUUUUAUUGAUAAAAACCAUGAGACAUUAAAAAUUAAUGAUGAAGAAGUAAAGUUUUAUAUUAAAAAGAAAAAUAUUGAACAAAUAAAUAAAAAUACAGGUAAAUUAGGAAAAAAAAUUAAAUAUGAUUCAAAAUUAGAAUACAUAAACCAUAUAAAGUGUCUUGAAUUUCAGUAUGUUUGUAUAUUAAUAAGACAUUUGGAUGAUGAGGAAAUGAUGGAGCUAGAUAAGAAUUUAUUCCCUUUUGGAGCUAAAUUACCACUAGAAAAAGAUAAUAAUUUAAUUUGGUCCACCUCAGAAAGCUUAGUCGAUAAUUUUGGUGCUAGAAAAAGACUAAUUGAGCUUGUUUCACAGAAAAUCAUUCAUUUUAAAUCAUCUGUAAAUCGCUCAAAUACAGACCCUUUAAUGAAUACUGGUGAGGAAAAGGAUGAUAAAGUUAGUUUCUAUAGAGGAAAACAUCUUGAAAUUCUUUCAAUUCUAAUUGCUUUAAAAAAAUUCUUAGAUUCCAAUAACUCAAACGAAAUUGCUUCAGCCAGACUAAACUUUAUUGAAAAAUUUGUACCUCUAAUUAGACGUCCUUCAACCAAAAAAUCUAAGUUUUCGGAUAACUUGGAAUCUAAAGAUAAAAAUAUUCACAUUAAUUUAUCAAAAGAUCAGAAAGGGAAUAGAAUGAUGAAAUUAAGAAGUUUUUUUGAAAAUGAUAAAAAAUUAAAAUACAGACAUCCCUUAGAAGGUGAAUUAUCAUCUCCAAAUAUGGAUGAGACAAUUAAUGAACCGAGUCUUUAUGAAUUAUGUACUAGAUUUAUCAUGACUUUAUCAAUUACUAAAUCAGUAAAAAGUUUUAAUGAUAAUUCCUAUAAGUUUGCUCAAAAAGUUUGCUCAAUGAUCUUUGAACAACCUAUUCACAACAUUUUAAGCACUCAAGAUUAUGCAUGGCUUACAGGAUUUACUUUAGUUCGUACAGUAAACUCUCUGGUUAAACAACAUAAUCUUCCCGAAGAAAUUUUAAUUGAUCACAAAAAUGCACUUAGGGCUUUGAACCACUCAUUUUCACAGAAAAUUUAUAAUUUUCAUCAAGCAUGUACACAAUCUCUAGUUUCUCAGAAAAGUACCGCAAUUUAUCGAAAUAACAUUUCAUUACAUAAUAUUAAACCUAUAAUGAAAAUAUCAUGUGCCGAAUACUUUGGAAUAAGUGUAUUUUUAUACGAAAAUUAG